AUGAACAUCCUGAUCUUAGCACUUGCGGCUGUUGCAUCUGCUGCACCACAAGGCUACAACUUGCCUACCCCCUCAGGACCAUCUUUUAAACCUGGGGGUUGUGGUAGUGGACAAAUACAACACGUGGAUGGCAGCUGCGUCACACCCCAGGUAAAUAGUCGCGUGUUCCUCUAUGAAGUACCGGCUAAUGUUGGCGAAGUCAGUCGCCCAAAGUACAUUCCUAAACCUAAACUGGAACGUAAUAUCAUUUUCGUGAAACUUCCUGACGGUGCUCAGGGACCUGAUCCAAUUGUUGUACCGCCACCAAGACAGCAGCAUGUCUUGUUCGUCCUUAAUAAGCAAUCAGCACAGGAUCAGCAGGUGAUUGAGCUACCAGCACCACCAGCAGCCAACCCCGAAGUGUUCUUCGUCAACUACGCUGAAGGAGAGAACCCGACACUUCCCGGCGGAGUAGAUCUUCAGACUGCCUUGAAUGCUGCUUCUCAAGGCAGCGGCCAAGUCGUGGGCGCUGGCGGCGGUGGAGGAGGAAUCGGUGGUGGCUUUGGAGGUGGCAUCGGAGGCGGGUUCGGAGGUGGCUUCGGAGGUGGAUCAGGAGGUGGGUUCGGUGGCGGAAUCGGCGGUGGUGCUGGAGGUGGAUCUGGAGGCGGAAGUGGAGGUGGCGUCGGCGGUGGUAGUUACAGUCCUCCUCCUCCUUCCACCCUUUAUGGCACACCGUAGGAAGUUUUGUCUCUCCUCCAGAAUGUUUCAAUAAUUGUUUUUAGGUUUAAUCUUGAUUUCUGCAGGAAAAUCUAU